AUGGGAAUGACUAUCAUGUAUGUGCGUUACAAUGCCCAGACUUUGGAAGCUCAGCCUUCCGUUUCCAUCAACGUUAUAGAUGAAGACCCCACAAGACUGGAAUGCAAGUCUGAGCAGUGGGGUACCACACCAAAAAUGACCUUGAGAGACAUGAAUGGAGUGGACAUGACGUCUGAGUCCGACAUAAUGGAAGAGCGGGACAAGGGGGGGAUUCUCAGAGUUAGCAGCGUCAUCCCCAUCAAGCAGGAGUUCAAUGUGUUCUCCUGUCUGAUGAGAAGUUUUUCUCCAGGAGUCUCAGGCUGGAUGUUGGCUUUCUGGUCGUUGUUUGCUGUCUGUGUGACAGUGGCAGCUUUGCUGGUAUUUAAAUGGCAAAAAAUGCAAGAACAUAGUGCAAGCUAUGACCCGAAAGUUUACUUUUUACGACUCUGUUACCUGCGCAAGGAAUAUGAGAUAAUAAAUGAUCCAGCUGUCAAACGGACCACUCCAAAGGCUCUACAAAGCUACAGUCGUGAAGAUCUGCUCAAGUUAACCGAGUACUUCAAACCCAACCUGGUCUUCAUACUUAAAUUUAAGAUAUCAUACAUCCUGCAAACCCUGGUCACCAAGCAGAUCUUGACCAGCAAUGAGGCAAAGAUUGUCAAAGCUAAACAAGAGUCAGAGGGUACAAAAGGUGUGCAGUUAUUCAUUGAUGAGAUGAUGUCAAAAGAUGGGAUGGCGCUGGUCAGCUUGUGGGAGGCAUUGGAUGAAGAACUUGAGAGAUGUCCAAAGCAAAACCUACAUGAAAUAAUAAUGGAGGUGACCGAGUCGGGAAAGAAGCUGUUGGUGGAGAUUCAGACCAAUGUCCACUUACCUCCUCUUGAGCCUCAUAUUAAAGACCUCCAUGAGACACACAGACUUGCUGUGUCUGAAUCCAUAAGGACUCUGGAUGAUCGGUCUUCUUUUCCAGGAGAUUCACAUAUGAGAGCUGUGGACUUUGAGACCCAAUACACAGAGUUGAUUGUCAUUAAAGAUGGCAGUUGGGUGGACUGGGAUCAAUUCCUGAAUAAUGAGAGUCUUUAUGCAGAGGUGGUGGAAGAGUGGAUAGAGGAAAGAUGUGUGCGAAUUUGGGAUGAGCAGCUGUUUAAAACUCCAGGAGGUAUAAAUCCGUCCAACACCGCAUUGGUCAUAGGGAAGGCAGGGAUUGGGAAAACCACCAUCGUCCAGAAGAUUAUGUUUGACUGGGCCAGAGGUAGUCAUUACCAGAGAUUUGCAUUUGUGUUCCUGUUUAAAUUUCGGGAUUUCAACUUCCUAGAUGAUGGGAAGGAGCCAAGGAUGUCGCUAAAUGAAUUGAUUGUAAGUCACUAUAAAUAUCUUGGUCAUGGCAGACUAGGAGAAAUUCUGCAGCAACCAAACUCACUCCUCUUUAUAUUAGAUGGACUGAAUGACUAUAAACACAUACUGAACUUGUACCAUUGGCCACUCUGCUCAGACCCCAAUGAUGAUGUUCCUCUGAGCAUUCUGUUCACUAGUCUGGUCAGAAUGACAUUACUGAAGGGCUGUUCAGUCCUGAUCACAAGCACACCAACAGCAUUGCAUUCCCUGGGGUAUAGCGUUAAUCUAGGCGCAGUGAUCUUGGGCUUUGUCCCUGAAAAAAGACUGACAUACUUUAAAAAGAUGCUUGGUGAUGAAAAUCUGGGUGUUCAGGCUAUGAGAUAUGUGGAGCAGAACGCCGUCCUGUACAGCAUGAGCUUCAACCCCUCGUACUGUUGGAUAAUCUGCGCUGUGCUGAAAAGCCACUUCACGACACCUGAAAAAGAGCGAGAACCCGCUCCCAAAACUGUCACUGAGCUCUUUGUGAUGUUCCUUCAUAACAUCUUGACCAGUCAUAGAGAAGAAGCCAAGGACCAGAGGACAAUUCUGAUCAAACUUGGAAAGAUGGCUUAUUAUGGGGUGGACAAAGGGAUUCAUAUCUUUUCUGAGAAACAACAGAUGUCUGCCUUUGGUCUCCAACCAUAUCUCUCCUCUCCAUUCCUCUCUGCGUUCCUGCAUAAAGAAGGCACUCUUAAGCACACAACCUACACGUUCAUUUGCCCCAAGCUACAGGAGGUUGUGGCUGCCUGCUCCUUUUACCUUGAUCCAUCAGGGGAUAUUGAGGAACUGCUUGUGAGGCUGAACUCCUGUAACAAUGACCGGUUCAAUGUUCUCACUCUAUUCCUGGUAGGACUGACCAGGCCUUCCAUAUCUGAAACAUUGGAAGGAAUCCUGGGGGAGUUUGACAAGAAGACAGCAGUUCAGAUCCUAGAAUGGGUGAAAAAAAAAGCUUUAGAUAAGCCCUAUUAUAUCUGUUCAAGAAAAAAUGGUCUGCAAAUGUAUCACUGGUUCUAUGAGACUCAGAAUGAGAAAUUUACCAAAGAUUUAAUGUGGAAGGAGUUAAUAUUCCUAAUUGAAGACACUUUAUCGGCUCUGGACUGUGCCAUGCUGGACUUUGUCAUCAGGUGCAAUGGAGAAUGUGAGACUCUUCAUCUGAAUUACUCAGAUCUGAGCCCUGAUUGCUUCAGGAGACUGGCACCAUGCCUCAGUGUUUGCAAAUCGGUCAUCCUGGACUCGUGUCGUCUCACCUCCGGAUGUUGUGCUGGUCUCUCCUUGGCUCUCGCUGCACCACAUUCACAAAUGACUUGUCUGUCAGUGUCCCACAAUAAACUGGAUGAUUCAGGAGUGCGCCUGCUGUGUGAGGGACUGAGGAGCAAAAACUGCAAAUUAGAGGAUCUAAACCUGUCUGGAUAUUAUCUCACCUCUGGAUGUUGUGCAGCUCUCUCCUCAGUUCUCUCUUGUCCACACUUGCCGCUGAAAUAUCUGUUUCUGAACUAUAAUCACAGCCUGGGUGAUUCAGGAGUGCAUCUGCUGUGUGAAGGGUUGAUGGACAAAAAGUGCAAAUUAGAGGCCCUGGGGCUGGAAUCGUGUGGGCUCACCUCUACAUGUUGUGCGGCUAUCUCUUUGGCUGUCUCUGCUGAACACUCACGACUGACUAAUCUGAGCCUAGAUUAUAAUCAUCUGGGGGAUUCGGGAAUGCACCUGCUGUGUGAGGGGCUGAAGAACAAAAACUGCAAAUUAACGUAUCUGAGCCUGAAAACAUGUCAUCUCACCUCUGGAUGUUGUGCAGCGCUCUCUUCUGUUCUCUCUUCUUCACACUCACAACUGACUGAUCUGCUUCUGAAUGACAAUAAACUGGAGGAAUCAGGGCUGCAUCUCUUAUGUGAGGGCAUCAGGAGUGAAAACUGCAAAUUAGAGAGAUGUCGGUGAGUGAACCGAGUGACGAUGGGGAUGGGUGUAUAAUGAGUGACUGUUCAAAACACAGACUGAAGAUGUUCAUUUUAAAUGAGGCCAGACUGCAGUGUAAUGUGUGCAUAGAUGGACAGAGAGACGGACGUGAGCUGAAGACAAGAGGAGAGUUUACUUUAAAUUUUUGAAACUUUUCUGUCCAUGUCUCAUUGUCAGCCAUCUUUACCUCACACUUUCAUUUAAGUCCCCUAAAUUUAGGUUGUGUUGUGGAGCCCACUCCCCCUUCAGUGCAGACUGUUGUUUUGUUGUCACCGCUGUCCAAUCAAUUGUUUCAUUUAUAACCCAGAAUUCUACAGUGUUCAUUCUCCCAUCAUCUUGUAGUGGUCAUGGGGACGCUAUGAUUCAAACCAUCCAAAGAUGGUGAUUUGUUUAUUUUAUUGCAGGUACCCCAGGAACACACCCAGCCUUGACCCCAAACUCACACACAGAGACAAUAAUUAAAGGCUCAAUGAAUCAAUGAAUAAUAAAGAUAAUAAAGGAUAUAUUAAUUGCAUAACUAAAAGAAAAAACCAGCAUUACACAUAAACACAUACACAAAUGCCCAUCCCAGUUCCCCAACGGCCAUAAUUAUUUACAUACACUACACAGUAAACAAAAAACACUAACAACAAAGUCCAACACAGUCCUGUAAAGCAGAAGCAGAUGACGAUGGAGAGAGGGAUAAAAAACCCUGUGAACAGCCCUCUGAAGAAAAUGUAAAGUUUUGUGCUACCAGGUUCCUGUUCUGGUAUGUAGAUUUGAUGAGACUGGGAGCGCUCCCUAGAUGAAGACAAAGCCAACCAAGACGAAUCCACACUGACAAGCAGGCACAGGACAGAACGUACACUCAGAUGAAACCAUGAUCCACGGUAGUUACAGUUGUAAUCCAAUGGUCUGAGUGAUGAAUAGAAACAAAAACAGACAGAUGGUCUCCCCCCCCACCCCACUCCUUUCCACAUUUUUUGGCUCUUUUUAAAGAGCCUGUUUGAUUAAUCUUCUUCCCAGCAACCCCUCACCAAUCUGCCCAAUAGCAUAAUAUUGCCAGGGCUGCUGGGAGUUGUAGGCCAUUUUAAGUAGCGCUGCUAAAGCCUAUCUGAAGUUCCUCUAGAGUCACAAAAAGAAAAUAAAAAAUGGAAAUAUGGUCUACAAAAUAAGAAGAGCCUACCAUGGUUAUGAUGCACAAAGAGCAAUGCAGCUGGACUGAGGUGAUAGUCAGGAAGGAGCAAGAUAGGAGAGCAAAAAGACAAUGACGUGAAAAAGUAUUGCUCCUAUCUUGACAUCCUCUAUUUUUAUGUAUUUGUUGCAAUGAAUAGCUUCAGAUCUUUUGGUAAAAUGUAUAACUAGAUAAAGGAAACCAAAGUAAACAGAUAACACAUUUUAUAAAUUGCUACGUAAUGCGUUUAAGUAAUAAAGUUAUCCAAUACCUGUACUGCCAGUGUGAAA